GGAAGGAACACACAUUUGACUAGAGCGUAUCUUCUCUAAAGAUGUGCUGCGCAUCAAUUCAUCUCCUCAUUGCUGCCUUACUUGUCUUUGCUGUUGAAAAUGAGGCCACAACCAUGAUAACCAGCAUAGAAAAUACCACAGCUCCAGAUUCAGUGUUUAUUCACAACACCACCCAAUUCAAAGAAAUGGACUUUCUAGACAACUUUACCACUCCAAGCUUCACUGUCACCCUGCCAAACACGACGGUUGUGAAUAUCACAUCAGAUGGAGAAUCAGAAUCACCUACUCCACCGCCCUCAGAACAUCCGCAGACCAACAUUUACACCACAGACGAUUCUCUGAAGACCGUUUCACAAUCAAGCACAAAUAAUAUGAUCAAAAGCACAACUACUAGCAAAGAAACCAUAACUCAAGCAACGCAACCUAUCCAAAACCCCUGGCCAACUUAUAUAAUUAUCUUUAUCAUUGCUGUUCUGUGCCUCUCUGGGAUAGUAGUUUAUUGUUGCCUUAAAAAGAAAUCCAGGAAGUACUCUGUGGAAUUACAUCCCAAACAAGAAGAUGCUCAGAUCCCACUCAGCACAGUGGAUGUAGAGGUGUUUGACACCACAUCAGUCAAAGAUAUGCAAACAUUCACUCCUGUCGAGUCCACCAAGCCUGCGCCUGUGAAAGAAUCUGAGAAGCCUGAGGAAGGGAAAGAAUCAGCUGAUGUUAAACAAGAAAACCAACAGAAUUUAUCCAGCACUCAGGCCACAGAGAACCCAAAGGAUAAAAUAGAGGGGCUGACUGUAGUGGAUCUGACUGAUGGAGAACGGACAAUCUCCACUAAAACCUCAAUGGAAUCCCUAGAUGAUGUUCUCAAUGAAAACAACAGCAACAAUACAAGAGUUGAAGUCAAGGGCAAUGGGUAUGAUUUCACUGAAAUCUCUAUUGACGCUUUACUUCUAAAAUAGAUCAGGUUCUUCCCAGCAUUUUACAAUGAUCUCUGAACCUGACUGAUGGGUUAUUUUAAACUGGAAGUAACAGCUGAAAUAAAUUGUAAACUAUGUGAGUCACUGUUAGAACAACGUUGUUUGAAUAUACAUACAGCACUAAGAAAAGUCUGUAAAAACAGGGCCCAGUAUAUUGUGUUAAUGUAAAGAAAUGUUCUGUAUAA